AUGUUAAUGAAUAAUAAAAAUUGUAAAAAUACAUGCUGUACUAAUAAAAUAUUUAUGGUAAUUAAAAUGAUUUACAUUAUUAUGUGUCUUACAGAUGAUUGCCUAGGAACAUGUAAAAAUAAUUUUUUUAAAACAUGGGAUGAAACAAAAUUAAGUACUGAAAUUAAUGAAAGCCAUGAUAUGCUAAUUAAAUUGCAAAGAGAAGAUGAUGAAUUGUUUCAUCUUGGGUGUUCUCUAUACGAAAAUUACUCUAAUUUAGGAUUAUAUAAACAUAAAUAUAAAAAUGUUUGUGAUCUUUUCAAAGAAUGGUUAAAUAAUAGAAUAAAUGAAUACAGAGAAAAAAACAAAUUAUGUAGUAAGAACGAAUUAUUAGAUAGUACUUUUAAGGUUUUAUGGGAAUAUAAAAAAAAUUCUCAGGUAGAUGAAGAAGAAAACUUGUGCGAAUGGGAACCACCUACUGGGUAUUACUGUUAUCAAAUUUGCAUAUAUCUUAAGAAAUAUUUCCACUUACGUAACAGUAAAUUAAGUAAGUUAUUUAUAUAUCUAAUAUUAUCUCUAUAUUCUUCUUUCAUAUGUAGCUUUCUAAAAUCAAGAAAUUUGUAUAUGAUAAAAAUUAUAGGGCGAAUAUAA